AUGUAUUCAAUACUUCACGUCGCAAUCAAGCUUCUUCUUUGUAUAGCAAUCUAUCCAAGCAACAAUGUCGCUGCAGCCACAACACAAGUAACAAUGCUUGAGACUAAUCCCUACGAAUAUGGCCAAAACAUUACCUAUCUUGUGACCGGAGUCUUAGGUAAAUGUAUAUGGGGAACAAACAUAUAUACCGAUGAUUCUAAUCUUUCAAUGGCUGCUGUUCAUGCUGGGAUCCUUCGUGUAGGCGAAACAAAAAACAUCACUAUUCAGAUCUUACCAGGUCAAACUUACUAUCAGGGCUCCACGCAAAACGGUGUCACAUCUUCCUCAUUCGACUCAUGGACUGGAAGUUACUCCUUUUACACGUCUUCACCUUGUACUUACUGCACUACACCCACAAUGAGCGCGACGCCUGCUGCAGCAAUUAAUUCCACAAACACUUCGUACACUACCCUAACGCCUGAUACUACAAUGUAUACCACGAACAGCUCUCGCACAACUUCCACGUCGGUAACUCUGACAAAUUAUCCAAACGCAUCACUUAUAGCUACGCUGCCUGCAACAGCGCCAAAUAGCACGAACACCUCAUACGCACCUUUGACGCUUCCAACUGCGACAAACUCCCAAAACGCAUCAUACUCAACUUCGACAACCAACUCGCAAACAAUUUCGACGUCAGACAUUGCAGCGCAUUCUACAACUGUUUUAUCAAUAAUUACUACUUCCAGUUCUGCACAAGUUACAGCGAUAGCUUCAACUACAGUUCAGACCUCUAGUGUUGGAAAUCAUUCCAACAGCAAUUUCACAGUAACCACAUUGCCUAUUUCCUCAACAAACUCGACGGCCAUCUCAAAACCAACUGUCACAUCCAGCGCAUUAGAGAGCUCCACAGUUGCCACUACUCUUGGUACUUCAGUAAACCUCGUAAAUUAUCGUGACAAAGUUGGACAAAAUCUCUUUUUCACUAUCACUGGUGCCGUCGGUGGGUCCAUUUGGGGAACAAACAUUUAUACUGAUGAUUCUAAUCUGGCAACAGCAGCAGUCCAUGCUGGCAUUCUCCGUGUAGGUCAAACAAGCACUAUCAUUGUCAAAAUCUUGCCCGGUCAAUCUUCUUACACAGCAUCGAAUAGAAAUGGAGUGAACUCAUUUUCGUACGGCUCGUGGAUAGGCAGUUACUCAUUUGUUAGUGUCGCCUCCACAACAUCAACCAACGUUGCAUCAACGACGACUACACCCUCACCCACAACCGUUUCCACAACUACGUCGACUACAACAGUCAAGUCUAGUUCCGUAGGCAGUUCUACAACUCACGUUGUGCUAGCAAGUACAGCAAACCUCGUAAAUUAUCGUGACAAAGUUGGACAAAAUCUCUUUUUCACUAUCACUGGUGCCGUCGGUGGGUCCAUUUGGGGAACAAACAUUUAUACUGAUGAUUCUAAUCUGGCAACAGCAGCAGUCCAUGCUGGCAUUCUCCGUGUAGGUCAAACAAGCACUAUCAUUGUCAAAAUCUUGCCCGGUCAAUCUUCUUACACAGCAUCGAAUAGAAAUGGAGUGAACUCAUUUUCGUACGGCUCGUGGAUAGGCAGUUACUCAUUUUUUGGUGUUGCGAGAUAG